UUCAAUCUGGAUUCUCAAUCUCCGUUUUCACUCUCCUUCCUCUCCCUCGUUUAAAUAAAAACCAAACACAAAAGAAAACACUUUAAAAAAAAAAAAAAAAAAACAUUGUCAGUACUUUGUUGUUUGUGAACCUUGUACUUCUAGUCUUUGACUCUUUUUCAUCGAAAUCCCAACCAGAUUUUUCACACUCUCUCCUACACAGAUUCUCUUGAAUAUAGAGAAAUGACCAAGUUCAAGACGAUAAAGAAGAAAAUGUGGAUGUUCUCCUCUUGUUGAUCUUGUCUUUCCCAAAACUCCCCUUACAAACCAAAAACAUUUUUUUUGUCUUUUUGCGUAAUGGAAGGUAUGAACACGGCUUACAAACCUGGAAGAACAGUCACAGUCUCCGCCAAAAUCACCAUUUUCAUUCUCAGCGACAAAUCGGCUUCUCAGAGAUCCAAGCUCUCCUUCUGGUUCGCCCCCACCACACGCCCGCCCGGUCCGUAAUCGCCGGAAAUCGAAUCGUCAAAGUUUUAGGUCAAUAAAAAUCGAAAAAUAAAGAAAAAGGAUCUCUCUUUUAGUUGAUUCAAUCAAACCCAAUUUUCGAAAAAAAGGAAUGGAUUCUUACUCUUUUAGUGGAUCGGGUCGGUCGGGUUUGUUCGACCCGUUUUCGUCGAGUAGUUCGGGAGGAGGGUUUGUCGUCAAUGGUGGUCCGACGGGGAUUUCGCAGUCUCUGGUUUUGGACGGUAAGAAAGGGGAGCUUGUGAAGGCGCCUGCGAGGGUGGGCAAAAAGGGAAUUUCGGAGGCGAAGGCUUUGGCAGCUCUCAAGAACCACAGCGAGGCUGAGAGGAGGAGGAGAGAGAGAAUCAAUGCCCAUCUCUCUACACUUCGUGGUCUUGUGCCCUGCAACGGAAAGAUGGACAAAGCGACAUUACUAGCUGAAGUUAUACUCCAAGUGAAAGAACUGAAGAAGAAUGCCGCAGAAGCAAGCAAAGGAUUGCUCAUACCAAUGGACGCUGACCAAGUGCACGUGGAACCAUACAACAACAACAGGGCGGUCGGAGACAGAACUCCGGCUUUCAAGGCCUCUCUCUGCUGCGGUUACCGGCCAGAGCUUCUGUCAGACAUAAGACAAGCCCUGGAUGCACUUCCAGUGAAGAUGGUCAGGACUGAAAUAUCAACCUUGGGAGAAAGGCUGAAAAUCUUAUUUGUUUUCACCUAUUGCAAAGACAAGAAUAGUGAUGAUGCCGAGACAUGUCGAAAUAUCGCAAUUUCUGUGCAGGAGAUCCUGAGUUCUAUCCUGGAUAAGGCUUCAGCGUUGGCAGAAUACUCGCCGAGAACAAUGCUUCCCGGUAAAAAACGGCGAUUCUCUUACUUUGAUUCCUCAAGCUCAUCCUCUUGAUUUGAUGUUGGUGUUGAUGGUGGUGGUGAAAAUGUGACAAUGUGUACAAGUUGUAUUUGUAUUCUAUACAAAGGGCAUUAUGGUAUACACCAUAGACCAUACAUAAAUCUACAUAAGUAACACAUAGGUUGUAUUAUAAAGUCACUUCUUCAAAGUUAAAGCUGCUUGUGUAUGUUGUGUGCCGUUUUGAGAGAAAACUUUGGUGUUCUUAGGAUUGUAUUUUGUUAUGCCGAACCAAUAAAUUUGUUUUAAUGACCUAGUAAUCAGCUGCAAAU